AUGGAGCAAACAAUUGAGAAUGAAAUUGUUGACUCAAAUGGAAAGAAUGUUGAGUGGUUUGAAGAGUCUCUUGAAGUAGAUCUCAAAUGGUCUUUAGCUAUAAACAGUGUCUUGUACAAAGCAACCACCAAGUUUCAAGAUGUGAUACUUUUAGACACAAAGCACUUUGGAAAGGUUUUGGUGAUAGAUGGAAAAAUGCAGAGUGCUGAAAAAGAUGAGUUUAUAUACCAUGAAAGCUUGAUUCAUCCUGCUCUCUUACUUCAUGACAAUCCAAGAAGAGUGUUUAUCAUGGGGGGAGGAGAAGGGUCAGCUGCAAGAGAGGCUCUUAAACAUGACAACAUUCACAGAGUUGUCAUCUCUGAUAUUGAUCAAGAAGUUGUGAAUAUUUGCCGUAAACAUCUUAUGGCAAAUCAAGAAGCUUUUGCCGAUUGUAGGCUUCAUGUCAUCAUCAAUGAUGCUAAGGUGGAGCUGGAGAAGAGUGAUGAGUAUAAGUAUGAUGUGAUAGUUGGAGACUUAUGUGAUCCAAGGGAAGGAGGGCCUUGCAAUCAUCUUUACCUCAAAUCUUUUUACCAACAUAUUAUUAAGCCCAAACUUAAUCACAAUGGCGUCUUUGUCACUCAGGCUGGUUUUGCUGGAGUUCUCUCACAUCAGGCCUUCUUCUCAUCAGUUUACAAUACUGCUAAACAAGUCUUCAACCAUGUUAUAGCUUACACCGCUCAUGUUCCAUCUUUGGCUGAUACACGUGGAUGGGUUUUGGCUUCAGAUCAACCAUUGAAACUAGAUGCUGAGGUGAUUAACAACAGGAUUAAAGAGAGGAUUAAAGGAUCAGAUUUGCAAUUUAUUGAUGCUGCUUUCAUGCUUGCUUUUACCGUUAUGAACAAGACUGUUCAUACAACGCUCAUGAAUGAGACUAAUGUUUUAACAGAAGAGAAUGAGAAGUCCCUCCAUGGCCAUUGA